UUGAACUUACAUUAAUCAGGCGAUGAUAAAAUGGUCGGACCCAAUGACUGGGUUUGAGGAAGGGUGUGCUAGUUAUAAAGCCUGGAGAUACAGGAUACAGAUCCAUGAUGGAACUAACAAAGUGAUUGCUAGCUACGAUAAUGUGACAGAUUUGAAUUUUUCUCAGGACGGUGAUCUUAGCUCCGACAUGUUCUACAGUGUGAGGGUUCAGGCCUUCUCUAAAGGUGGUGGGGGCCCCUGGAGUAAUCCGUUCUCAGGGAAAACCUUAAACACUAAUAAAACCCCGAGCAUAUUCUGGGCGGAUCAGAAAAAUAUCCACACCACCGAUCUAUUUGGAUACCAGGGGAACUCAUUCUCACACAACUUAUCACGUAUAGAAAACAUUCUUUACGUAGAUAUUUCAAGUUCCCUUUUGUGGAGUAGUUCAGAUUUUAUCUUCACAAACUUCAACAAGAAGAAAUGGAUUCCAGAGAAGCUGCGAAAUGAAGAUUCUCUGAUUGGAAGUAUGGUAUUUGAGGCUCUUGGGAGCAGACUUUACUACUCAGUUCCCUUCCAUCAACAAAUACGGAGAAUAAAUUUAGAAGGAGAAGUAGAACUUUCAGUUUCCCUAACAUCUCCAGCUAAGAACUUGUUGGUUGAUAGCUCUAUUGCUGUCCUAUGUUGGAUUUCAUCAUUGAACGGACUUGAGUGUUCUCGGUUAGAUGGAGAGAACAAAACUGUUUUCCAUCAAGUUGGAAUCUGGGAUGACCAGAAGAUUCUGAGCGCUGCUAUAGAUCCUCAGAAUCAUGAUGUAUAUUUCAUCUUGUAUAAUCCUAAACAGUUUCCUAAAUAUGAAUACCACAGGAAGAACAUUCUCACUAAUUACCAUGAGAAGCUAGGCUCCCUUACACUUCAACAUCUUGAAUCCUCUCUAUACUACACCUCUGGGAAAUUAAUAUUCUUAGAGGGGCAGAGAUCAAUUGUAACCUUUGACAUGGAGGGUAAGAGUAUUUCUAGACUUUCCCUUGCUAGUCCAACCUUAUCCUUUACUCUCUCGUUUGAAGUCAGUUCGUUGUUCCCAGUGAAUUUCGGAGAUUCCAAGUCUCUAAUUGUAACACCAGAUGGCGUUGAUGGUGACACUAUACAUGUAAAAACUACUAAAGGAACUUAUCAUAUAGUCUGGAGACCUGUAAACAAUACAAAUUAUGGAGACCUGGUUUAUGAAGUUAAUUUUCUAACUCAUAAAACUAUUGUUUCUUCUCCAGAAAUAUCAUUAAACACAGUUGGAACCUUUAAACCAUAUCAAGCUAUAAAUGUAUCCAUCACUGCUCGGACCCCCUGGGCAAGCUCUGGUCCAACUAGGAGUCUGAUCUACACCCCGGAGAGUAUACCUAGUAAGCCUAGACUAUUGCGUGUAUACUGGAAAGGAGUAUCCCCUGGAAUGAAUGAAUAUACAGUUCGCUGGCUUGAACCGGAAGAUGAGAAUGGGAAACUGUUGCAUCAUAUAAUCCGUUGUAUUGAUACUAAUUCUCAACAAGAAAUCUGUCCCAACGCAACAGUACAGUACCCAGAUACAGAGAUUGCGCUUGUGCUGGUGAAUACAGAUAUUCAAUUCUCAGUGAUUGCAGCAACAUCUCAAGGACUAGGAUCUGAAAGCAACUUCUUUGUCACCAAGUCCACAGAGAUUUAUCCUAUUCCUCGAGCAGUUUAUGGGUUGGUGAAACCUCCUAGAGUUAUGCUGUCUGAUGUUGAUUCAGGAGAAAGCAAGAUGAUCAAUGUCCCUGUGGAUCCACAUUUUAUAGUUUAUAAUGCUAAGGGGAACUCUUUAAUCAUUGUAAACAACAAUGGUGAAGUUUAUGAGCUUGAUUUGGAGAGGGAAACUGCAACUUAUAUCAGAAGAUUGGAAUCUAAUAUUGAUUAUGUUAUGUUUGAUGGAAUUGGUAGAUACCUCUACUAUGUUCAUGGAAGAGAUAUAAAAAGAAUAGAUUUUGAAAACCAAAGAACAGAAGCACAAGAUAUUUUCUCAUCUUCUGAUCGAAUUACAACGCUUGAAAUCUCAUCCGAUGGACAAUUUUUCUACACUGAUGUAAAAAAUAGAAUGUUUACAUUUAAGCUUUCAAGUGGGGGACAUAUGUCUGAUAUCAAAGGGUUAGGACAAAGCUUACCCAGUGAUAGGAACUGCAAUUGUAGAUCAAUUGAAAAAAUAUCAACUUUUUCAACAAUAAAGCAUAACAAGCAGUUUAGCUUGUCACUAAGGAACAAGAAAACCGGAGAUGUAUUUAUAGCAGAUACUGAGCUAUGCAAAUGUACAAAAAUAGCUAGUACACAAUUAAAUGAAAAAGUAAAUAUCAAGGCAGAUAUGACAAACGUGUAUGUUCUUCAGGGUAUGCAGGCAAACAUGACUGUGUUCAGCCUAUGGAAUAAGGAUGUAUCAUUAGUUGACUCUAAAAAUAUGUUGAAUUUUGAUAUCAUCAGCAUGAAUGUUAUGUGUAUUCAAUGUGACCAAAUAGAGACUGAUUGUGUUAAAAUCAGUUCUACCAAACAAAAUGUUGAAUAUGUCGCCAUACGAGAAACAUACUCAAUGGUUAAACUUCCAUUUCCAAUGAUUAGUGGAUCUUGUAACAAGAGUAUACAGCUUCCAUCAACCAACUACACAGUAUCAUACCAUCUAUCUACAUCUGAUCUAGACGAUGAGUCUGAGAUCAAAAGCUUGUCAUACUACAAUACUGGGAACUUGGAGAACCGAACACUGAAAAUUGAUAAUCUAGUUCCUAACUCUAGAUACACAUUGUGUGUCAGAAUGUUUAAUGUUUAUUCACAAAGUAAAGAUGAACAUGAAACAGAUCUUAAUCGGUUUUGUUCUGAAUUCACAACUGAAGAAGGACAUUCAGGACCACCUGAGCAUAUUGUAGCCCAUGUAUUGUCUCCUAGUGAAGUUAGAGUAUCAUGGGAAGCCCCAACAAAAGUAUACUCUAGUAAAUUAAACUAUGAGAUAUAUUGGAAAAGUACUGAGUUUAUUAACGGAGUGUAUUCUAGUGGAAAUGUGGUUUCAUUGCAUGAAGGAAAUAAAACCAGAAUAAUUUCAAAUCUUCCACCAAAUCAAACUUUUGAGAUGUGGAUGACUUCGCUCAGUCCCAAAGGAAAGGUUAGUGCUAAAAGUCAGAUUUUAAAGGUUCAGACAUUUUCAACUCCAAAGCUGGUUAAGGUACUUAGCAUUGAACCUAGAAGAAUAAAUUUCAGCUGGGUUAACACAGAGGAAGCGGUUGAAACUCAUCAAUUCAUCUACUAUUCAGUUACAGAAAAUGCAACUCAACACUAUUUACCUGAAACCCCCAUGACAAGUGAAUAUCUAAGAGCUUACUGGUUUAGUAUACCAAACCUAUCUCCUAGUCAUUGUUAUAUGAUUAAAGUUCUUGUUACAUACAAGAGCAACCCUGGUCACCAACUCGUGUGGCCAGUUCAGGAGGAAAGUUGUGUUAUGACUGAAAAGGAUAAACCCCUAGUCCCUGGGGUACCUUAUCUUGACUCUAAGGAGAACAAUCACAUCACCCUGACUUGGAAGAGAAAUGAGGAGAAGGUUCUGCAGUAUGAACUUCAGAAAAUGACCUUGUAUGAAGAAGAUAAGUGGAUAACUAUUUACAAUGGUACUGUUAAUCAAUUUAUUGCAAGUGGACUUGCCAAUGGAAAUUAUACUUUUAGAGUUAGAGCAUUUAAUUCCAAUGGCUUCAGUAAUUUCAGUAUCCCCAGCAUGCCAAUUGAUUUAGAAAUGGUAAGACAGCUACAAUUGAUAUCAAAUACGAAUGAUAAAGUGACUAUCGGGGCAAUUUGUGCUGGAGCAAUUGGAUUAACCAUUGUUGUCUGUGUCCUUUACUUUCUGGUGACACAAAAUAGGUUUGCUAUGAAGAAGAAGUGCUUGCUUUCUUCUCAUCAUCCAGCAGACACUGAGCUAGCCAACCUUCGAGAGCUACCUAUUAGAGGAGGAUUUAUAAACUGCAACAACCCUAUGUAUAAUCAACUUGAAGUGGUUAGUGAUGAAGACCUGGCUAUGAUACCAAAAAUCAAAAGAUCACAAAUUACACUCACUAAAUUUUUGGGCAGUGGCGCUUUUGGGGAGGUUUUUGAAGGAGGGGUUAAAGAGCUUGAUUCAGAGGACGGAGUUGAAACUAGAAUUGCUGUCAAAACUCUGAGAAAAGGAGCAACAGAUAAUGAAAAACUAGAAUUUUUGAAAGAAGCCAAACUAAUGUGGAAUUUUAAGCAUGAUCAUAUCCUAAACCUCAAUGCAAUAUGUUUGGACAAUGAUCCAAACUUCCUUAUCCUCGAGCUUAUGGAGGCUGGUGACCUUCAAUCCUACCUCAGGGCCCACAGACCCAAGGGACCAAACCAAGGACUCAACCUUCUAGACCUUGUAGAAAUGUGCUUGGAUGUAGCCAAAGGCUGUGAGUACCUUGAACAGCUUCAUUUUGUUCACCGUGACCUGGCAGCUAGAAACUGCUUGGUUUCCUCAUAUGAUCCAGCUAAGCGUAGAGUUAAAAUUGGAGACUUUGGACUUGCCAGGGAUAUCUAUAAAAACGAUUACUACCGUAAGGAAGGUGAGGGUUUGCUGCCAGUACGGUGGAUGGCUCCUGAAUCCUUGAUGGAUGGAGUUUUUACAACUCAGUCAGAUGUUUGGUCCUUCGGAAUACUGCUCUGGGAGAUACUUUCCAUGGGAGCAAACCCGUAUCCUACACUUUCAAACAGAGAGGUUAUGCUGUAUGUUAGAGCUGGGAAUAGGUUGGAACAACCACCAAAUUCUCCAGAAAGGUUACAUGAACUAAUGACGUCAUGUUGGUGUUAUCUGCCCAGUGACCGGCCUAGUUUCAAGAUGUGUGUUCAGGAGAUCGAAUGUUUGAUAGAACAAGAUUCAAGUCUUAGUUCUCUUUCUAAUUCCUUUGUUUCCUACAUACGCAAUACAGGAAGUGGAAGUGAGUGUUCUCAUCCCCACUUCCACUCAGCCACGACGGUUCCUGUAUCCCAGAUAUCCCGUGGAUUGAAUAGCUCCGGUAGCGGAGGAAGAACUCCACCCUACUCAGACGUUAAUUUAAAGUCUUCGGCACCUAAAUAUCUACAGUUGGUUCAUGAAGAUUAUGAAUUACCUCGAGACCAAGGAAACCAAUGUUCCUGCACAAAUCCAACAUCCAGGUUUAACGGAUACGGAAAUCUAAGAACCGUUCAUACUAAAGAGUGUACAAAGAUAUCUUCAAAAUUCCAUUCCCAGAUUCCUAAUUCUCUCCCCUCUACCUCCUCCUCAUCCAUCCCUCUUCCUUCACCGUUCACUCCCUCUGCCUCAACAACAUCUUCACAUUCAACUCCGGCAAUACAUACUAAUCUUCAUACAAACCUUACCUACUUUCAAACAAACCUACCUGAUAUAUCUAAUCCCCGUGCACCCUACCCUAUUCCUAAGAAAAGAACACGGAUACCAGAUCGACUCAGUUCUCUUCCUGCUUCUGCCUCUACCCCUAAUAUAAACUUUCCUUCUCAGGUUGAGGAAAAUCAAAUAUAUUCUGAUCAAUCAAUCGGAUCCCACAAUCAUUUAACAUAUCAGACAAGUAGUCAUUGCAUUCAAGAUGACGAUCAAGCUGAUUUCAGCAUCACUGAUGAUACUGCAGUUAUCAUUGGGAAUGACUGCUGUGACGAAGAGAAUACCAGAGAAACAGAGAGUAUUGGAAGUAUUCACAAAUCAAUCAAGAACUCUGAAAAAUUAAACAACAUUUGUUAUGAAGUACCCACUCUUAAUAUAACUUAGAGAUUCGGAGAUAAAUUUGGCAAUUCUCUUUUCCUAACAAAGCGAAAAAGACAUUUAUGGCAAUUUUAUAUUCAAAGACUAUUUUAAACUGAAAUUAAUUAAAGAUAACGAAAAAGGAGAAAGCGCAUUAUGAAUAAUAUCAAAAAUAAAAUAAAAAUGAAUUAGAUUUAAAGACCAUUUAGACAAUUGUCAUUUGUUAAAUUUGUUUGAGAAAAACUUUUAUUAAACUGUAUUGUGUGCUUAUUUAGUAAAUUGUGAUACUGUUUUUGUAUUAAGAUUAAAUAUUGAA